UAGAGAGAGAAAGAUUGUCUUCACACACACACACAGAAGAAGAGAGAGAAACAUAUACAUACACAUACAUAGACAUAUACACACACGCUUUUAGUUUUACAACACAAAAAGCGAUUCAGAUAUAUACAAACAAAAACUUUCUUGAGAGAGAAACGAGGCAAAUGUGCAACAAUCUCUCUAUUAUUAAACUGUCUCCGACCUUCAUAAACCUCAUUUUGUCUGUUAAUUUUCCGUUUCCGGUGUAAUUCGCCGGAAAACACCGCCGGUGUUCUGUUUUCAGGCGUUUUUUCCCGAAUCGCCGUUCUGACAGCUGGCAUAACAAUAACAAUUAACGCCAGUUUGAUACUUUGAUCUGAUUAUAGUGAUAAAAACUCCGAUGAAUCUCCGGCGGUUUUAGUCGGUGAUUUGAACAACGAGCAAUGAAGCUACCGCCGACUAACGGUUCCGGUUCAAUUUUAACGGCGAGUAACGGCGAAGGUGGAGAGAAGAAUAAUAUAAUAAAUCCGGAGCUAUGGCAAGCUUGUGCCGGACCUCUGGUGAACUUACCGGCAGCCGGAACACAUGUCGUUUAUUUUCCCCAAGGUCACAGUGAGCAGGUUGCUGCAUCUAUGAAGAAGGAUGUGGAUGCUCAAAUUCCAAGCUAUCCGAAUCUUCAGUCAAAAUUGUUAUGCAUCCUUCAUAAUGUCUCAUUGCAUGCUGAUACAGAAACCGAUGAAGUAUAUGCUCAGAUGACGCUCCAACCCGUUCCUUCGCAGUUUGAUAGAGAAGCAUUAUUGAGGUCAGAUCUGCUAAUGAAAGCACACAAGCCACAAACAGAGUUUUUUUGCAAAACUUUGACCGCAAGUGAUACAAGCACUCAUGGAGGAUUUUCGGUUCCUCGUCGGGCAGCUGAAAAGAUCUUCCCACAACUUGACUUUUCUAUGCAGCCGCCUGCACAAGAGCUUGUGGCCAGAGAUUUACACGACAAUGUGUGGACGUUUCGCCAUAUCUAUCGUGGUCAACCAAAACGUCACUUGCUUACAACCGGUUGGAGUCUCUUUGUUAGUGGGAAGAGGCUUUUUGCAGGAGACUCGGUCUUGUUUAUUAGGGAUGAAAAACAGCAGCUUCUUUUGGGUAUUAGACGAGCUAACAGACAACCAGCAAAUUUAUCAUCGUCGGUUUUGUCCAGUGAUAGUAUGCAUAUUGGCGUAUUAGCUGCUGCUGCCCAUGCAGCUGCAAACAACAGCCCUUUUACUGUGUUCUAUAAUCCAAGGACUAGCCCGUCAGAAUUUGUAAUUCCAUUAGCCAAAUACUAUAAAGCAGUCUGCAGUAAUCAGAUAUCUCUUGGCAUGCGGUUCCGGAUGAUGUUCGAGACUGAAGAAUCGGGAACAAGAAGGUAUAUGGGUGCUAUUACUGGUAUUAGUGAUCUCGAUGGUGUUCGAUGGAAGAACUCGCAAUGGCGUAACCUACAAGUUGGCUGGGAUGAGGCAACUGCGGGUGAAAGGCGUAACCGUGUAUCGAUUUGGGAGAUUGAGCCGAUUACCGCUCCGUUUUUCAUCUGCCCGACCCCACCCUUUUACCAAACAAAACGACCCAGACAAGACGGAAUGUUAGGUGAUGAGUCAGCGGAUCUUGAUAACAUGUUAAAGAGAACAAUGCCGUGGCUUGGUGAAGAUGUGUCAAUGAAGAAUACGGGCCUGAGCUUAGUCCAGUGGAUGAACAUGCAGCAAAACCAAAACCCAUCUCUGGCUAAUCAAAUCCAACCGGGUUAUUUGAACCCAUUGAUGGGUUCGGUUCUGCAAAACUAUGGUGGACCGCAAAUGCUUACUCAGAAUAACCUUCAGUUUAAUAGUCUCAAUAGUCAAAUAAGUCAACAGUCAACCUCACAGCUGGAACAGCUACAAAAACUACCUCAACCUGCCACCACAAACCCGUUAGCCGUAAUGAUACAGCCGCAACAAUCGACUGACCUAAGUCAAACACUAACUCAGAACCAAGUUCAGGCACAGAUUCAGUCUCAAAAUAUUAUUCAACUUCAACAACAACAGCAGCAGCAGCAGCAGAUGAUGAUGUCUGUCAGUCAAAGUCAAAGUCAACAGAAAAUCCAGUUGCCAUCCCAAAUUCCUGAUCAGCAAUUUAGUCAAAAGUUACAAGUACCAGAAAGUCAGAUUCAACUUCUACAGAAGCUUCAUCAGCAGCAGCAAUCGCUUUUAGCACAACAAGGACAAAUUACGGAAACGCCAUCUCAACCGCCUGUCUCAUCACUACCUCAACAGAUGUCGAGUUUUCGAUUUUCACAUCUUCCUCAGCAACCAAAGGUUCUACAAGAGUUUCCGGGGCAGAUGACGGGACCCACCCUGAUGACAUCUAAUCCGCUCUCGACAAAUGGCAGCAGUUUAUUGACAGGAAUAGGCAGUGAUGAUGUCCCAUCAUGUUCUACAUCACCCUCAACUAAUAACUGCCCUAAUGUGGGCCCGUCUAUGAUCAGCAGUCGAUCUUUCCAGAGGACAACUAUGGGUAGUGAAGUCGUUCAGGCUUCCGCCAAUUUGAUAAAUACAGGUGGUUUGGAGACAUUAUCUGCGAACGGAAACAAACAAGAAGUGAAACCUUUUGUGAAUGUCUCCAAGAUUCAAAAUCAAGGGUUUUUAGCUCCACAGACAUACUUGCAGCAGAAUCUUGGUGGGGCCCAGUUAGAUUAUUUGGACAGCUCAUCAUCAGCUACUUCAGUAUGUCUUUCUCAAAACGAUGUUCAUUUGCAACCUCAUAACUCUAAUCAUUUGUCUUUCGACUCCCAACCGUUGCCAUUUAGAGACACAAUUCAAGAUGGUGAAGUUCAAAAUGACCCGAGAUCCGAUAUCCCGUUUGGGGUAAACAUGUCAUCGAUGAUUCCUGAUCCUUUGAUCACAAAAGGAAUGAUGGGAUCUGAUAAAGAGUUUCAAAAUAAUCUCAGCUCUGCAGGAUUGAUUUCAAGUUAUGAAAAUCCCGUUAAAGAUACGCAACCCGAACUCUCUUCGUCGAUGGUUUCCCAGUCGUUUGGAGUUCCAGAUAUGACUUUCAACUCCAUUGAUUCUACUAUAAAUGAUGGCACUUUGUUAAAUAAUGGUGUUUGGGCCCCACCACCACAACCAUUUCAGCGAAUGCGGACGUAUACCAAGGUCUACAAACGAGGGGCAGUUGGAAGAUCAAUUGAUAUUACUGCAUAUUCAGGGUAUGAUGAGCUUAAACAAGACCUGGCCCGAAGGUUUGGUAUCGAGGGUCAACUGGAAGACCGGCAAAGAAUUGGCUGGAAACUUGUCUACGUGGAUCACGAGAGUGAUGUUCUCCUUGUUGGGGAUGACCCUUGGGAGGAGUUUGUAAACUGUGUACGCUGCAUCAAAAUACUAUCACCACAAGAAGUCCAGCAGUUGAGUUUGGAUGGAGAUUUUGGCGGCAAUGGUGUUGUUCCGAAUCAAGCUUGUAGCAGUUCCGGUGGUGGACAGGUGUAAAGAUUGUUUUUCCUACUUUUAAAUUUUAACCUCUAUUAAAAAUGUUGGAUUAGCCAACCACGGACCCACCCGUGUUCUUAUUAAUGCAUGAAUGGGUCCCAUGAUCUAAUGAGCCAAAUGCGUAGUUGUAAAACUUUAAUCAUGUCUAGUCGCUACGAUUAGUACGGAUUAUGAGAGAGUUGAGCUCUUGAACCCCUAUUAUGGUGAAAAAUUCAAGUCAUAUCAACAUACUUGAUCAUUUAAGUGUA